GUAUUCCUUUAACCACUAGUUGGCGUGCGUGUAUUAGCACUGAUGAAUUCGCUCCGAACGCCUUCCGUGUCAAUCAAAAAAUAAACAAAGGCAAAGGAGGAAGAAAUCGCUGGGAAACUUGUCCGGAUCUCAAACACAUUCAGAAGUCGCACCCUGCAGGUUAAAGUAGCUGCUUACAAUGGAAACCCAGAUGAAGCAGCGAGUCUUUACUGGAGUGGUGACUCAGUUGCAGGAUAAUUAUGGAAUGGUUGAUCAGGAUGUGCACUUCCAGAUGAGUGACGUUAUUGGGAGAUAUCCCCAGUUGGGAGAGAAAGUGCUUGUGAAGGCUAUCAAAGAUUCUGCGCAGGCCCUUAGUUGGACAGCUCAGACUGUUCAGACUCUUAACGGUCAGCCAUUCAAGUCACCUCCUCCUCUACUGCCUUCAAUGUCAUCAAAUCAGAAACCUGGCAUCCUGGGUAGGCAGCCACAACCACUCCUCAAAUCCCCCAAGAUUCCGCCACUCAUCCCCAACAUGCAGUCCAACCCUGGCAAAGGCUUACUGCAGAUGCCCCACCACCUGCCGCCGCAAUGGGGGGCUCCGUACGAAGGCUGGGGAGGUGGAGGCAGCUCCAGAAAGAGGCACAGUGAGGGGGGAGGUGGACGAAGGGGAGGCCGCUGGGAGGACGGAGGGCCGUGGGGAGGGGACGGCAUCCACCAGAAGCGGAGAAGGUGGAAGGGGAUGUCUGACGACGAGGCGCCCAGAAAGAGCACCAGCGCACCUCAGCAGAGCUACCCGCUUUUCUCCUUCUUUCCACGGGACAGCUCAACCUGUGAGAGUCUGGAGGUGCGGCGGCGGUAUCCCCACCUCCCGCUGCCCCCGUCUCUCCUCCACCUGCAGCUGAGCUGGACGGAGAGCUUCCCGCCCGAGCGGCCGUUCCCCCUCUGUGGCCCCUGCCUGUUCCGCGCAGGGCCCGCUCAGACGCCAGAGCAGCCAGAGGCCUCCGAGACCGAGGCGCCCGAGGCACCCGAGGCGCCCUACUCUGAGUUCGCCGUGAAGGUGAUGUUGCUGUCUAUGCCGAGUAUGGAGGAGCUGUACACAGAGUGCUGCCUCUUAGGGCAGGAGGACCAGGGAUCAAAAGGAAGCGCCGUGCACCCCAGCACCCUUAUCAAGUUCCUAUUGCUGGAGUCCAAAGGGAAUAUGCAGCUGGUGGGCGGCCACUACUCGGCGGAGGAAGACGGGCCGAGCCCAGCCAAAGACCCGGCUAGUCUGAUCCGCACAGCUGUGCGCUGCACCCUCCAGCAGACAGGCCUUGACCUGGGGCCCUGCACUCAGUGGCAUAGAAUGGCAGAGAUGAGAUAUCUGUCAGAGGAGAGAGUGGAGACUGUAGUCUUCCUGUUACCAGACGUGUGGAACCUGCCUCACACAGUCCCCGAGGAAGAGACGCCAAAAGAGGAGGAGCAAGAAGAACAAGAGGACUCCAUCCCCACCCUCCCCGUUCCUCCUGCGCUGCUGGUGAACCCUUGUCCUGGGUCCAGCCUGCCGGUCCUCUCCCUCGCCUCCCUACUGGAGCCCGGCAAUGCAAAGACGCAAGAGGCAUUUGAGGUUGGCCUGAUGGCGGAGCUGUUCUGUGAGAUGCUGCAGAGGGACUUUGGCCUGCAGCUGUACCGCUGCCUCAGCUGUGUGCCCCUGAGCCCCGCGGCCAGAGCAGAACAGACGGAGGACGGAGCCCAGGACACGUCAGAGGCUGCGGCCAGCAGCACGAAGGAGCCCAAGAAGAACGAGAAAGGAAAGAGAAGGGGUGCCAGCAAGGAGGGAAAGAAGAGAAGAGGCUCUUUGGACAAAGAGGAGGACGCAGAGAAGGAAAAGAAAGAGGAGGAGGAGGAAGAGGAGGAGAAGGCCCAGCCUGAGGCCGUAGAGAAGACGGAGGACCUGGCAGAGGACAAAAAGAACAGCGAGAGUGAGGUAGCAGAGGUGCUGGGAGAGGAAGAGAAGACUGCGGAGGUUGCUGACAACCAUACCACUAAGGAAAAUGAUCGUCCCCUCGGCUGGAGUGCAGCCCUCCCCCGCAGUGUGCUGCUCUCCUGGGUGUUCUUCGACCGGAAACUGGAGGGCAGUCUGAGAGAACAGGAUCUCCAGAACAUUCUGCUGUCUCUGGGCUUGUACCUCACUCCUGCUCAGGCAAUGGAGUUGGUUAAGAAGGCCACAGUCAGUGACCUGUGUCAGUACCGCAAGCUGUGUGCCCAAUGGGAUGACUCAGACCUGCCGUGUGACGUCAGUUUACAAGGGAACCAGGCCCUGCUCCCUGGCCAGGUCAGUACGGUUAAAGAGCGAGCGUCCAGCCGCCGCUCGGGGGCCAAGGGCAGCAGCACAGACAUGGUCAACUACAAGGGCUCCACGGUGAACCUGCCCAGCCUGAUGCAGGCGCUGGAGAAAGGCACCGCAGUGCAACGAGCCCUGGAGCAGCGAGUCAGCACCCUGCAGACCAAACUAGUGGAGGUGCAGCUGGGGAAGGAGGCGCAGGAGGAGCAGCAGGGAAGCGAGGAGCUGAGGAGCCGUCUGGAGCAGGCCGAGAAGCUCAACAAGCUCUACGAGAGGAACCUGAAGGAGAACGCUGGCCACAUGCUCGCCGUCAUCGAGAAGAUGCAGAAGAUGGUGGACCAGACAACAAGCCUCACUGACUCCAAGAAGACCAAAGAUGAAAAGGCGUGACCACUGCAACUGGACUAGACUGGACUGGGGUGGGGUGGUUUGGGGGUGGGUGGUAUGGUGUGUGGAGAAGAAACACUCUCAUGGGUGAGCUGCACUAAGUUGUCAGUAUGAUGAGGACUAUCCUGGUUGAACCUAUUGGAUUUUUAGUGUGUUCAAGCAUUUGUGUGUGUGUGUGUGUGUGUGUGUGUGUGUGUGUGUGUGUGUGUGAGUGAGUGAGAGUGUUAUGUACAACGUACGUAUGUCAAACCUCAUGACAAAUUUUACGCCAUUUUUCCCUAUCACGGACCCUGUGUGGGUGACAAAUGUUUGUUUAAUUAUGUUGAAUAUUGUUCAAGGCCUAUUUUUUAGCUGUAUAUAAUAAUUUUGUUUUUAUAACGAGUCGUAAUAACUUAAAGUAAAUUCCCCUCAUGUGUCAGUGUGCAAAAGAUAAUCCUCAGUGAAUUUCGUAGAUGACUAUUUGGAAUUAUUAAAAAUCUUUGU